UCCGGUGGCCGCAAACCUCCUCGGCCGACUACCUCGACACCGUCCAAGAAACAACGCCAGUCCUUCGUCGCUCCGCUUCCCCGACCGAGUGGUGGCAGCCUGCAUCAACCAAGUACCGGCGGCGGCCAGCAUCCACUUCCCGGCGGUGGCUACCAUCAAAGCACCAUGAAGGCCCCGAUGCCAAGCAUCUCUGAGCCGUCCUGCCUACCAUCUCUGCCACAAGUAUCCAUGUCAUCCUUUGGCCACGCCGCUGACUGGGACACUCAAAGCGCCUCCUCAACACCAGCACUCGACUAUGAGGCCACCGUAGACGACUUCAGUGCACCCAACCUCUUUGACUGGACCCCCACCCCGGACUCCACCCAGGAUUCAAUUUCUCCAGGAGGUUUCGUCAAUUUUAUGACACAAGAAACUGAGCUGGAGGUUGAUGUGCUGAUGCAACUUCAAGGCAGUGGAAGUAAGAGAGGUGGCAAUUACCACCACGAUGAGGAUAUCCAGCUCUGCAGAUCUUGGAUUAACAUCACAACUGAUCCAAUCACUGCAAAUGACCAACCAAGCAAGUCGUAUUGGGCAAGGAUUGCAGAGCACUUCCACGACCACAAAUGUUUUGAGUCUGAUAGAACUACUGCUUCGCUCGAGAAAAGAAUGGGAGGCAUACUGAAAGACUGCAUGAGAUUCCAAUCAUUCUACGACGAGAUCGAGCGUCGACAUCCAAGUGGUAUUCCUUACACUGAGCAUAUAAAAGAAGCUCAAGCUCGAUAUGCUCGAGCUGACCCCAAAACCAAGUCCUUCACCUUCAUCCACUGCUGGUUGGAGGUUAGGCACACCGAGAAGUUUCUAUCUCUGCAAGAGGCCAUGAAGCAAUCAAGGAGGCCAAGCACAUCAGACAAGCGUGCUACACCAGCUGAAGAUGAAGGAAAUGAAGCAGGUCAAGAUUCGACACCAGCUAACUCUUCCAUGCCUGCUGCCAAGCAAGAUCGACCUCCGGGUCGGAAACAGUCGAAGGAGAAGGUGAAGAGGAAUGGACGAGGAGUUGAUGAGUGCAUAGAGGUCUGGGGCAGCUUUGUUCAGAUGAAGGUGGAAGAAGCAAAACAAAAAAAUGAAAGGUGGAAAGAAGCUACCAGGAUUGAGCAGAAGAAGCUUGAAGAAUCUACCAGGCUUGAGGAGAAGAGGCUCGAGAUAAAGGAGCGGCCGUUGAUGUGGGAGCAAGAGCAAAAGAUUAUGUUCUGUGAUCUCAGCUCGAUGGACGAGAGUCAGAGGGCCUACGUUCGAGUGAUGAGGGCACAGAUUGCAGCGGCAAAGGUUGCCUCACUCAAUUCGGGGGCAAGCGAGCAUGCCAGCGGGGCGGCUGGGGAUGACGUAAGCUCCGCGUGAUCCUUUCCUUGUCUCAGUUCUGUUUGCUUUACUUGUCGUAGGGG